GCGCAGCAAGCCUGCUAGUCGGUUUGUCCGAAUACGGGUAGCGAUAAAAUUACACCUUAGAUUCAGACGUGGACUAGUUACGUACACGUCACUACGUACGUACGUGCUAUGUCAUCGCCGCCGGUGCACUUCCUUCAUCCGGGUAGAAUAUUUGUUGUUGUAGGUGCAUCUGUGUGUCUUCUGAGACCUCAUCGCUCGGAAGUUAGCCAUGAUGCUCGGUGGCCGUUGGCUCAGUGUCCGUAUGUUGCUGCAGAUGUUGUGUGCACAGCUGCUGUGGGGUCGUGUGUGGGGCUCCGAGCUCACGUUUGAGCUUCUAGAUAACGCCAAGCAAUGUUUCUACGAGGACAUCACCAUCGGGACUAAGUGCACCCUGGAGUUUCAGGUUGUGACCGGGGGCCACUACGAUGUUGACUGUCGUCUGGAUGAUCCAGAAGGUACAGUUCUGUACAAAGAAAUGAAGAAGCAGUAUGACAGUUUCACAUUUACUGCUGCGAAAAAUGGAACGUACAAGUUCUGCUUCAGCAACGAGUUUUCCACCUUCACACACAAGACCGUCUACUUUGACUUUCAAGUCGGUGAUGACCCUCCGCUGUUCCCAAACGAAAACCGAGUGACCGCAUUAACUCAAAUGGAAUCUGCCUGCGUCUCCAUCCAUGAAGCCCUGAAGUCUGUGAUUGACUACCAGACUCAUUUCCGGCUGAGGGAGGCGCAAGGACGCAGCAGAGCAGAAGACCUGAACACCAGGGUGGCCUUCUGGUCCAUCGGGGAGGCAUUUAUUCUCCUUGUGGUCAGCAUCAGCCAGGUCGUGCUGCUCAGGAGCUUCUUUUCAGACAAGAAAACCACAACCACCCGUGUUGGAUCCUAACAUCUCCAAGUCACUAUUAUUUUUGAUCUCACACACACACACAAACACACACAAACACAUACACAAGGGACUAAAGGCUGCUGCCAUGGUUCAUUCUCCAAUUUUAGAACUGCAUACUUAAUGUUUAUUUAAAGAUGUAUCUGUUUGGCUUUACAUCUUUAAGGGUUAUGGAUGGAUAAACAUUCGUAUCCAUCAAACGAUAUAUUCAGUGCUAAGAAGAAAACCUCUUAAUUUAUUGUGUGGGUGUGUGUUUCAUUUUUACACUGCUUUCUUUAAUUUGUCAAGGCCUGGGAGAAGCUAUUUAACACACACUUAUAAAAUACUUUCAAAAACACUUUGGGAUAACACCAUUAUUCAAAACGGCAUUCAUUUUCAUUUCAGUUUAGUACUUAUGGUUGCAAGUGUUUUUUUUUUUUUUAAGUUAGUUUAUUUUUUUAUCUAACAUCAUGUGGGCUGGAGCUCUGCUGGUACAUUCUUAAAAGAGGCUAAUUUUGGACAGCUAUAUUCCUGUGCCAUAAUUAGCAUGUCUUUAAAUCCAUGAACAUCACAUUAAAGAUAAAUAAGCACCGACUUAAACGAUAAGAAAACACAAAUAAAAAAUAAACAAAUCAUUCACUGAUUUACAGACAUACAUUUAAAAAUGCUGAAACAUAACAGUGGCCAAUGAUAGUUUUCUCAGGUGAACAUCACAAAGUAUACACUCUGGACACUCCAGAUGGUUUAACUUUGAGCAACACGUGAUUAGGUUCCUGAUUGUGUAAAUGCACAGUUUUGAGUAUCCACUGAUCUGCAGUUUCAAACAAACCUGUCAUCAGGCACUGGUCAAAUGUGUUGGGAGCACCGAAAGCUUGAAACGGCAGGCUAGUUGGUCACAUUGUCUAAAAGUGAACAGAGACCCCAGUCUGGUUGGUUUGUUAGACAGAGUAAUUAAUCCAUUAAAAAUACGAGUGGCAUACAUCGUCUGAUUUUUUUUUUCUCGAAUUCCUCCAUCCAUUGGGUCGAUAAAAGAAAAAGCACCAAUUGGUUUAAGAAAUUGUGGUUGUAUUUAGCUUGUACAGAAACAUGUCUGUUGCUGUACUAAAUACUUGGGUAUUUUGUGGUGAAGAACAUAGUUUGUAGUGAUUGAUUUAGUUUAAUAAAAAUGAUUUCCCCCAGUAUUUCUGUCAGGUUAAGUGUGGAUUAAGUAGCAGAUUUAAAUUUGUAAAGCAUCAUGUUCACAGUUUUAUUUUUGUUUUUAAUUUCACAUGAACUGUAUUGUGUGUGCAAGCCUUGCCAGGGGUUUUCUUUUUCUUUAUGAUGUUCCUCCAUUUUCACUGUAUAUUUGAUUUUUGUCCAGUAAUCACAUUAUAUAUGGAUUUGUUCAGCUUUGACUAAUUGCCCUUGUACGUUUUUAUCACAUAAAGAGGGAAAAAGUGUGAGAGCUGGUGUACACAAUCAAUAAACCUGAAACAUA